GUAACUGUGAGGCAUGCAGCUCAAGAGACGGAUAAAGUAGAGCGAGCGUGAGUUGUCAGCAGUCGGAGAUCACACGCGCGAGAGUGAGGGGGAAUAACAGCCAACUGCAAAUUAGUGCCAAAUCUAUCGGAGUAGUGCUCAGCGACCCCACAGGAGGCGAAAUCCGAGAAAGAAGAGGAAGCUAUUGUAUUUACAAGAACACAAAUAAAACCCCUAAGCUCAUUGCUACACACUCCAUCAUAAGAAGAAAAAGACGGAAGGAAAUAAUAGCGGGACUGGGGAGUCUCAAGGCAACGCUACACUCUUUGCAAGUUUAGACAAAGACGACUUAACAAAAUUGAUCAAAUCGCGGUCAAGAUGCCUCGGGUAGUCCCGGAUCAGAGGAGCAAGUUCGAGAACGAGGAGUUCUUCAGGAAAAUCAGCCGCGAGUGCGAGAUUAAAUACACCGGUUUCCGAGACCGGCCGCACGAGGAGAGGCAAGCCCGCUUUCAGAACGCGUGCCGUGACGGCCGCUCAGAGAUAGCUUUUGUGGCAACCGGCACCAACCUCUCGUUGCAGUUCUUCCCAGCCAACCUUCAUGGGGAUCAGCGGCAGGCGCCCGCCCGAGAAUAUGUGGACUUCGAGCGGGAGACGGGAAAGGUAUAUCUGAAAGCUCCUAUGAUCCUGAAUGGAGUGUGUGUGAUCUGGAGAGGCUGGAUUGAUCUUCAGCGUCUUGAUGGAAUGGGUUGUCUGGAGUAUGAUGAUGAGAGGGCGCAGCAGGAAGAUGCUCUAGCACAGGCAGCCUUUGAGGAGGCCCGCAGAAGGACCCGUGAUUUUGAAGACAGGGAUCGUUCACACCGUGAGGACCUGGAGGACCCUGUGGCAUCAAAAAUCUGGGACUGAUGGCCUUCAGCGACCAGGCCCAGGCGACAGCAGGACCCCAGCCCUGGCUCCAACAUGGCCAACACUGACGAUCGCAAGAUGCGCUAGCAGCGUUUACCAAAGCGGACAGGGAUAAGGGUCAAAAGAGCUCCAUCACCACAGCAAUCCCAUCUCCUGAUGCCUCGUUUAUCACAGGACAGACCAAAGUCCACUCCCAUUGGGAAUUUCGGGUGGGAUGUCUGGGUUAGGUAGGGGUAACGGUGGUCAAUCUUUUAGUCUGAUGAAGGGGCUGGGUGGGUUGGGCUGGGCUGGUAUUGAUGUAAGUCAAAGAUUCAUUUGCAUUUGAUUUAGACCCUUGUUUCUUCUUGGGAUUUUUGCACUAUGUGAAACUUUCAGUUUAUGUCCCCAAAUGGCCUUUCGGUAUGCAUGGUUUUCCUACCUACCUAUGUUUGCUCUUGUCCUCUCUAUGCAAGGCAUCUUAUUUUAUUGUUUAGCCCUAUUGUAUUGAAAUUACAUUUUUUAAUUAUUUACUCAGAUGUUGUGUGAACGUCAUGAUGUUUACUUUUUUGUAUUUAAAUUUUUUAUCUAUAUAUAAUUGUCUAUCCUUGUGCUUCCAUAGAAUAAACUAGUAAAUGUUGCUAGGUAGAUUUGUGCAGUAGAGUAGAACAUGUUUUUUUAUAUUUAAAAAAGAAAAAUCUAGAAAGAGGCUGCUUAUGAUGUGGAUGAGGAUGUCUUUUUCUUCUACCAUCCUUCUCCAUGUUCUGUCUUCCACUCUCUUUCUGUUGCAAGCAGUUGAAACAUGCUUUGAACGUGAACCAAGCAGCAGAAUGUGAAUAUUGAGGUCAGUGUUACUCUGAGUGGUACUCUACACAAAAUGAGGCCGACAUUUGGUUUUUCACCCUACAUUUGUGCUUAUUUCAGUCGCUCUGCUUUUUCUUUCAUUUAUGCUUUUCUGGUUAUGUUUUCGUCAUGCCUUGGCAGUAAUGUAGGCAGGCUUUUCACAGUGUUUCGCUGCAUAUUAUUUUUACUCUGGAGUUUCCUAAAUUAAUACUUUAUCCAUAAUUUAAAUUCAUUAUCCAAAAUGGAGAAAGUUUUUUACUUAUUUUUUUUUUAUUCUCUCUCUCCCUCUGUCUCUUCUCUCUUAUAUAUAUAUAUUAUACACAUACAUAUUUUACCUGCUUUUCUGUUUUCUUUGGGAUUUCAAUGAGAUUUUAAAAACCAGCUUAAUGUAUGCAGUUAUUUAUCAUUUUAAACUAGUUAUGAAUGAAAAAAAUGGGUGAAGUUUUAAACGGUUUCCACUCAGAAAUGUGACCCAAAGUGUAAUAAAUGACAGUAAUGUUUAUGAAACGUAAAGCUGUAAUUUCUGGACAGAUUUUAAAUUAUUUUAUAUUUAAAAUCUGCCUCUGUUAUUGUAAUAUGCAACUGCUUAUCUCUUGAUAAGAUGAUCAUAUACAGGUUUUAAGGGGAUAUACAACUCAGUCAGUGUUUUAAGACAGUAAGUGUGGUUGAAUGUGGGGAAGAAAAGAGGAUGGAAAUCAAUUGCUACAAAUGCUACUCUGGAUACAUACGGAAAGCUCAUAAUUGAACAACAACAUAGCAAUACGCUGUAAAUGGUAGCAAAGUGGUAGAAUCUGCAUUAACUGGUCUCUUCCAACAUUUUAAUUUACUUUUAGCAUUAUUGCCUCAUCUCAUUGGUAUGUUGUUUAUCCCACAGCCAAUACUUACUAUUUAAGGGCAAAGUUUUUUUUAGAUUUUUUUAUGAGAUGCUGCAGGAUAAGGUAUGGCCUACCUCUAGCUUAAACCAAAAAUAAGCAAAUGUACACAAAAAGAGCUUAUUUAUUGAAAGCAAGUUCAUGUUGUUUUGAGUUCUGAGGAAAAACGAAUCAUGGUUUAGUAGAAUUUAAAGCUUUAAAUCAUAGUGGGAACUUAUACCAUUCUAUGAUCAGAGGCCGUGUACCAGGAGGAUAUUGGGGUCUGGCUAUAUAUUAAAGAUGCCAGAGGAAGAGAACUUGACCAAUCCAGAUUCAACAAUACAGUUCUGCUACAAUUCUGUGUACAGUCUCCUUGCAUUGCUAUCCUCUCCUUUCUAUGUGUUUUAUGUUUUGUAUAAAAGAAAUAACCUUGCUGGCCCCCAUAAUAAUGUUUUUCUCACCCCUUUACUUAAUGCUGGCAUUAAGGCAAAAUACACACCAGGUACAGAAUGGCUCUUUUUUUAAUGAUUGAAUAAAUAAAAUGUUUAUUUUCUUAAUUGUUUUUAAGUUAUUGAUGAGGGUAUACUGAUUAUUAUCAGUUACAUUAUCAUCAUACUUUCAUUAUCAGGUUCCACUAUGAUAUGAAUUUCUGUAUGGUUAUUGCUUGCUUUUUCCCUUUGGCUCCCUAAGGUCUUUGGUUUUGGCGUUUAUUGUUAUUAAUAUUAUUCUUUGUUUCACAUUUUAAGUGAGUUAAUUGAAGUGUAAUGUUUGAAUGGUUUCUUAAUAAAUUUGUU